GGCGUUUGUCAUGGCUGCACGCUGAAUUGCUAGCAUGAAGUGAACUGUUAAUAACUGCUUCAUAAUAUUCCAGUUUUUGUCUGGUUUCCCAGCCGUCAGUCGGACAGUAUGGCUUCAGAGGAAGACACCGCUUUGCUGUUUCUCAUCUUCCAGCACCUGAAGGUGAACGGAUACAAGAAAGCUGCCAAGGUGCUGGAGAAACACAUUGCUCAGGUGGAAACUCCAGACGAAACCCACAACCUUCAUGAUAUCUACACAGGCUGGAUGAAGCUGUGCUCUCUAGCUCAGGAUGCCAAGCAGGAGUCCGAAGACGUCGCAACUCUGAAGAAGAACGGCAUCAAACCAGAACCUGCCACCAGCGAAGAAGAAGAUGUCGCAGAUGGCAAACUCAACAACAUCCCCGAGGAGAAUCACGUGGAUGCAAAACCUGCGCCUGAGUCCAAGACAGAUGUUGAGGCGUCUGCAGAGUCCGCCUCUGAGCAGCUGCUCCAUCCUGCAGGAGAAACACAAACAACAAACCCGGGGAGUGAGGAAGGAGAAAAGAAAGAGGAGGAGGAAACGACCGCAGACGAAGAGUCGGCUCCAGUUGAAGUGUCUCCUGAGGAAUCUCGAGGGGCAGAGGAAGAGGUCGGGGCCCCUGAUGCUGCUCUGACCUCCGGAGAGGAGCUGACGCAGGAGACGGAAGCAGCCACAGAUGAAGCCUCUGCAUUGGACCAGACAGCUGUCAAUCUAACUGAGGCCUCAGAAGAAGGCAGCGCUGCAGAGCAGAUUGAGCCCGACACAUCAGAGCUGACGGCUCCGGAGACCAAUGAGCAGCAGGAUGAGACUGAAGCCCCGCCCCCUACAGACGCUGUUUCUGAAAACCCACAAGAGGAAGACGAGAAGACAUCUAAGGACGCUGACCUUCCAUCCCCACUGACACCUGAAGACCAGACGAAGACCCCCGAGGAACCAGACUCUGAAACCGAAAAGGCAACUAUGGAGGCAGCAGAGGAGCAGGUAGAACCAGAAGUCUCCAUCAUCCUCAACAUCGCAGAGGAAGAGGAGGCGGCAGACUCCUGCAAAGACGCUGUAACUCCGAAGAGGAAGAAGAAAAGGAAGAGCAAAACCGACGUAGACACGCCGACUGAAGAUACCACACCCGAUGCAUCCAGUGACGCUUCUCUGAGUGCCAAGAAGAGAAAGAGGAACAAAAAGAAACCUGAGGAGGAGGCCGAGGAAGAGGAGGAGCAGAAGGAGAAACAACAGGAAGAGGAAAUGCCUCAGGUCACGCCAUCAGAGAAGAAGAAGAAGGCUAAGAAAAGGAAAAUGGAGCAGGAUGCAGUGGAAGAAGAAGGAACUGCCGUCACGCCUUCAGAAAAUAAAAUAAAAAAUAAAAAGAGAAAAGCAAAAGCUGUUGGAGGAGAGGAGGAGAGCGAGGUUACUGUGGUGGUGGAGGAGGAGGAGGAGAGUCUCGUGAGUCCAGCUGAAACGACAGAGGAGAAGAAGAAGAAGAAAAAGAAGAGAAAGGUAGACGGUCAAGAGGAGGUGCCAUCUGAGGACAAACCAGCAGGGGGCGAUGAAGAGACAGAGAAGGAGCCGGAGGCCACAGACGCAGACUCCUCUCUGCUCACGACGGGCAAAAAGAAGAAGCGUCUCCGGAAGAAACCGAGUCUGAAGAAGAGGCUGAGGAUCCAGAAGCAAGAGGAGGUGAAAGUGACUCUCCAGAAGAAAAAGGAGAAGAAACAAAAACAGAUCCCACAGGCAGCAGAGGAGACGCCUGAAGCAGCCGAACAACAUGAAGAUGACGAAACACCAAAGAAGAAGAUAAAAAUGAACACGGAUCAAGAAAAUAAUUCCUCAAAGGAAAACAAACCACCAAAGAAGAAGAAGAAGCAGCAGCAGCAGCAGAAGAAGAAGGGAUCGGUGACGGAGGAUGAAAGCGAGGCGGUGAGCGCUGAGCUUCCUGAAGUCGACUCGUCUCCUCUUCCGAAGAAGAAGAUUAAGAAGAAGAAGAAGGGUGAGGAAGAAGAGGAGACUGCAGAGACCCCCGACAUUUCUGCAAAGAAGAAGAAGAAGAACCGAGCAAAGGCAGAGCCGGCUGCAGAGCAACAAACUCCUCAGGCUCGCUCUGCGAAAAAGAAAUCCCCUUGGAAGAAGAUAUUCUCUGAUUAAAUCUGGACACCAGAAGAUGGCAUUUCUUUCCUGGACCUUUCCAUAAAACCGACCGGACAAUCUGAAAGACGUGUGUGCCUUUUACUCCUGAUUGUUCUGCCUGAGAAGAAUGUGUUUGUGUCACGUUUCACUGUCUUCCUGCUCUAAAAAUACUGUGAAAAACAAUAGAAUUUACCGUGCAGUUUUAUUCUUAAAGACGGAGGGGGAAAGGUGUUUCAUACUGGAUUUAUUUAGCAUUGAUGUUUUUUUUUGGGGGGGGGGAUUUAAACGAUUUUGAUGACAAUAUAAUGGCCAAUUGUAUUAAUCCACUCAGUACUCUUAAACAGCUUUCUGAUAUACUUUUAAAAUGAAAGCUGUGUCAAAUUUCUUUCGACAAAAGAAGCCAAACUUUACUUUAAAUGUGUUAUUUUAAUCAAAGGGAAAAUGAGCAUGAUAGCAACAAAAAAAACAGGCUUCAAAUAACUUGAAAUGAAUAAAACCAAUUAAGAUCUACACAAACCCAAUUAUAAUCAGUAAUGUAGAACUGAAAACAGCAAAUGCUUGGAGGAGCACUUGCUUUAAUUAGACAAUUACUCAUCCCUUAAUUGGUUCGUUGUUUUAGUUAUCCAAAGUGUUAAUUGACUUUAUGAGAGGGACCUGUUGUCUCCUCUUUUGCCAUAACUUUGUCUCCCCUCAGUCGGUCACGGAGGAGCUUGGUACUGCUAAAGUGUUGAUGAUAAAACAUUUCAAUAUGUCAUGUUAGAGCAACACAUCUUAGUCUUUAGAAUCGUGUCGGUGAUGAACAUUUUUAUAUGUUUGUUGAGCUUUGAGGUAAAAAAAAAGAGGAAGUUGUUACUCGGGCUUGUUUUAGAAUAGAAACUCAUGUUACGUUGCAUUUUUGUUUUUAGUUUUCUUUCAUAAAGCUGUGAAAUGGUUUUGUCUACACGUUUCUUAUUCCCACAAACUGUUAUCUAUGCAAGUGUGGUUGCUCGGCAGGAAUUGUUUCACUUACCUUGAUUUUUGUUUGCUGUUAUUGAGGACCAACAUGUGUGAGAGGAAAUAAAGCUCUGUAACAGCUUUUAA